AGAGGGCGGGGCUUUUUCCUAUGGCUUUGCCUCGGCGGGUCGCGUCUGCCUAGGCGGGGAAGAAGGCGCUGGGGCCGGGGCGGCUCCCGGUUUGUGCCGGGCGGAGAAAGGGGAGGGGCUGGGGGUGAGGACCCCGUCUCCCCUCCCUGCUCCCGCCCUCUGGGCUGAUCCCCACCGAUGGGGCUGGGCGAAGGGCGGGCUUUGCGCCUCGGGUCCCGCCGCCCCGCCAGCUCCGCGGCCCAGCCUGGCGCUCGAGGAUUGCCAGGGCCGCCCUGUGCACUCUGGCUUGGCGGUGGUGGGCGAGGGCGCAGGGAUCGGAGAAGUAGCGUCUUCCCGGGGGUCUCGAAUUGGCGGGGCUGGGGACGCUUUUUUUCACCGCCGCCCGCCGAGACUGCGGCUGCCGGAGACUGCCGCCCUCCGACAGCGCCCAAGCCUCCGGCCGCUGCGGCCAAUGGGCCAGGGUUCGGCGAGCCUUGCCUGCCGACGUGCGGCCGGCUGCUGAGGCGCUGGGAGGAGCUGCGGAGGGCGGGGACUGGUGUCGGAGGAGGGGCGGGGUGGGAACGCUGGAGAGAAACCGGUGGCUGCACAGACAAAAAAGCCCCGAAUGGCUGGAGGGAGUUCAACUGUUACCAGCCUUUUGGGGCAGAGCACGGAUUUGACAGCUCCACAACGUGAGGAUAUCCACUGACCCCCGCGAGACGGAGGAGAACGCUUCCCCGAAAUUCUCUGCCCACCAAAGCCAGCGCUGCAAGGUUGCAACUUUCCCACUUUGUUUUUCCAGAAAGAAGACUGCCCUUUCGUGUACAAGGAGAGGGUGAGAGGGUGAUUUAGCUUGUAGAUCGGCUGAAGGCACCAGUGGUUCCAAAUGUCACCCAGAUGUGUGUUUUCAUGACGAUUUGAUUUCUCUGAUUUUAUUUUUACAUUUUUCAUUUUAAAAAUACAAAGUGAUUUUUUGGGGCAUGCUGAAAGGUAACUGAAGACCGCAAAGGAAAAACUAUUGUCAUGGCUGAAGGAGAGAAUGAAGUGAGAUGGGAUGGACUCUGCAGUAGAGAUUCAACUACUAGGGAGACAGCACUGGAAAACAUUAGGCAAACCAUUUUGAGGAAAACCGAGUAUCUUCGUUCGAUGAAAGAAACACCUCAUCGUCCAUCAGACGGGCUUUCAAAUACCGAGUCUUCGGAUGGUUUGAAUAAGCUACUUGCUCAUCUGCUUAUGCUUUCUAAGAGGUGUCCCUUCAAAGAUGUGAGAGAGAAAAGUGAGUUUAUUCUGAAGAGCAUCCAGGAACUUGGCAUUAGAAUUCCUCGACCACUAGGACAGGGACCAAGCAGAUUCAUCCCAGAAAAGGAGAUCCUCCAAGUGGGGAGUGAAGACGCACAGAUGCAUGCUUUAUUUGCAGAUUCUUUUGCUGCUUUGGGCCGUUUGGAUAACAUUACAUUAGUGAUGGUUUUCCACCCACAAUAUUUAGAAAGUUUCUUAAAAACUCAACACUAUCUACUGCAAAUGGAUGGGCCGUUACCCCUACAUUAUCGUCACUACAUUGGAAUAAUGGCUGCGGCAAGACAUCAGUGCUCCUACUUAGUGAACCUGCAUGUAAAUGAUUUUCUUCAUGUUGGUGGGGACCCCAAGUGGCUCAAUGGUUUAGAGAAUGCUCCUCAAAAACUACAGAAUUUAGGAGAACUUAACAAAGUGUUAGCCCAUAGACCUUGGCUUAUUACCAAAGAACACAUUGAGGGACUUUUAAAAGCUGAAGAGCACAGCUGGUCCCUUGCGGAAUUGGUACAUGCAGUAGUUUUACUCACACACUAUCAUUCUCUUGCCUCAUUCACAUUUGGCUGUGGAAUCAGUCCAGAAAUUCAUUGUGAUGGUGGCCACACAUUCAGACCUCCUUCUGUUAGCAACUACUGCAUCUGUGACAUUACAAAUGGCAAUCACAGUGUGGAUGAGAUGCCGGUCAACUCAGCAGAAAAUGUUUCUGUAAGUGAUUCUUUCUUUGAGGUUGAAGCCCUCAUGGAAAAGAUGAGGCAGUUACAGGAAUGUCGAGAUGAAGAAGAGGCAAGUCAGGAAGAGAUGGCUUCACGUUUUGAAAUAGAAAAAAGAGAGAGUAUGUUUGUCUUCUCUUCAGAUGAUGAAGAAGUUACACCAGCAAGAGAUGUAUCUCGUCAUUUUGAGGAUACUAGUUAUGGCUAUAAAGAUUUCUCUAGACAUGGGAUGCAUGUUCCAACAUUUCGUGUCCAGGACUAUUGCUGGGAAGAUCAUGGUUAUUCUUUGGUAAAUCGCCUUUAUCCAGAUGUGGGACAGUUGAUUGAUGAAAAAUUUCACAUUGCUUACAAUCUUACUUAUAAUACAAUGGCAAUGCACAAAGAUGUUGAUACCUCAAUGCUUAGACGGGCAAUUUGGAACUAUAUUCACUGCAUGUUUGGAAUAAGAUAUGAUGAUUAUGACUAUGGUGAAAUUAACCAGCUAUUGGAUCGUAGCUUUAAAGUUUAUAUCAAAACUGUUGUUUGCACUCCUGAAAAGGUUACCAAAAGAAUGUAUGAUAGCUUCUGGAGGCAGUUCAAGCACUCUGAGAAGGUUCAUGUUAAUCUGCUUCUUAUAGAAGCUAGGAUGCAAGCAGAACUCCUUUAUGCUCUGAGAGCCAUUACCCGCUAUAUGACCUGAUGCCUUUCCUUCAUUAAAGAUGAUUCUGGAAUGAUCAGCAGAUAUAGUCUACAAGGGGGAAGGUACUAAGCCCCAGGACCAAUGGUAGACACAAUAAUUCAGAAAUCCAUUGUGCCAUGAUUCCUUUAGUUUCUGCUAUUUUUCUGUGGAAAACCACUGCUGGCACAAGCAGUGACUGUUUGGCAGCUUCAAGUUUAGAGCUGUGAAGACAGGCUGCCAUUCACAGUAUUUUGCUUUUUGACAGUACAAGAUGCUGUGUAACUCUUUUAAUACAGCAAAUAGUAACUCUCCAAAUCCUGUUGCUUUUAUGUUAAAUAAGAUAACAAGAAUUGGAGCAUGCAAAGAAUGGGACUUGGAUAAUGACUUAAGCUUUAUAUGUAAAGAAUUUUAGAAGAUCUUGGUGCUGCUAUUCCUGCUGGAGGAAUGAAUAGAUGGCUGUUUCAGUUAAGCUAUUAGUAAUAAAAGUGAACAUUGCUACUAUCUGAGCCUACAUACAGAACUUGUGUGAUUUCAAAUUAAACUUGCAUUAUGUGUUAAUUUUCUUGCAUCUACAAAAGCAUAGAAUUCCUACUCACACAGCUCAGCAACAACCAUUUUGAUGGUAACAGUUAAUUUCUUUCAUUAGUUUUUUAAAUUCAGGGUUCUGGAUAUUAAAUUACAAUGGCAUUCUUAAAGAUUUUCUUCAAAAACAAUCCUAAAUGAAAGUGUGUAAAUUAUAAGAAGCUGGCGAUCUUUUGAUAUGCUGUUUCACAGGAUCCUGACACUGCAGGGCAGCUGUCUUGUGCAGUAGUUGUGUUUCCAGCACCAAAGUUGUGGGACAUGUUGCUGUAGACUGCUGCGCAGUCCUGGGUGCAUUCUGUCUCUCUGCCUCUGCCUGCCUCCUGAUCCCCACUUUAAAGGUUGUGCAGCUCCUUAAAUAAUAAAGCUGGAAAAUAUUUUUAGUCGGGUUAUCAAAUUUGAUUUACAAAAACGCUAACUUUGUUUGAAAUGCAAACAGGUUUGAAAAUAUGUAUUAAGUACUUUGUAUUCUGGAAGCGUGAAUUGCUUUUGAAGUCUGUCAGUAUUACUGGUAUUUUUCAAUAAAGAAGAAUUUUUCUCCAA